AUGUCUCCCGUAUCUCGCAACAAUCUCUUCCCAGGCGAGCAGCUGUCGACAAUCAACGGCGCCCCAUGUAUAACGUAUUUCCGCCCGGGUGACCCAUCGCGCCCUCUUGCAGUCCUGGUACCUGGAGCGGCACACCUCGCUCGCGUCUUCUAUGGAGGUCACGACGGCCACGACCCGCACGACUUUGUCGCCCACUGGCUGACGCAACAAGGCUACAACUUUCUCGCCAUCUCGUAUCCUCUCGAGACCGACCCGGCGACAAUGCUACCGACGCAACCAGGCAUGACUGUAUCCGAAUGGGGCGCGCAAGCCGUCGAGGCCACACGGCAGACGAUACACCGGCACCACCUCCUCAGCAACGCCGUCAUCCUCCUCUUCUGGAGCAUGGGCGGCAAGAUUCUACAGCCGUACGUCCUCGCAGCACGCGACACCAACAUCUCCAUCUCCUUUGCCGUGCCGCUCGUAGCCACCCCGGCCAUCCGCGGCGUGCGCGAUAGACCCAUCCUGACGCCCAGUCCCACGGGUUACGCAACGGCAGCAGGCCUCUCGGAGACAUACUUCAUGUUGCAACUCCACGAGCAAAACGCCAUGCACAACGGCAAGACCAUCAUUCCAGACGAGACCUACCGGCGUGAGUACCUGGGUAAUUUCCCCGUGGGUCUCGGAUGCUAUGGCGUACGGUGGUGCGCAGUAGAGGAAGUCCAGCCACAAGAACAAGACCAACGACAGCGGAGAAACCGAGGCUCCUUCGUAGACGAUCCAGACACGGGCUACGAAGUCGCCGACGCAAUUCCCCAUGCGCAAUUACCAUUGAUAUGCUCGAUAUCAUGCUCGAGCCCCGCGGACCUGAGACACGCCAUUGCCGACAAAUACACCUGGGGUUUCCUGUUGACCUACAAGCUCCUCGGUGGCAUUGCGCCGUCGAAAAGGGCAGCGUUGCAGACCGACCAGGAUAAAGGGAGACGGGUCGUCCAGUUCAUCCACUCCGCACCAGACACACUGUCGGCUACAGUCGAGGGAGGCCAUCACUUCUUCAUCGGAGAGAAAGGGGCAAAGAGGACGGCGGAACUCGUUGCGGAGUUUGAAACCCGCGUAGCCGAUUUCCAACGAGAUCUGGCGUCUCUGUUGUCUUGA